ACAAAAAGGUAAUACUACAUAACUUAUGAAUUUCUAUAUUUGAAAAUUAUGAUUUAUAUUAGUUACUAAUUUAUUAUUCUCAAUUUAACAUUGUCAACCUAUGCAUUUGUAAAGGGCCCUGGACGUGUUGCUUCUAUCUCUGAAUCACAGGGGAGUCCAAUGAGCACAUCCCAACGUACGGGGCCACCAGUAUCACCAUCUUCUCCAAAUCCUCCGUGCUCAAGGCCUCCAAUGUCAACCCCUUCUUCCAAAGGCACCACGUUCAUCUUUAAGAAUUCUGUAUUUGAGAGAGAAUUCCCGCCCUACAUUAGAAAAUACAUAGAUCAAUGCACAGAUGUAGCGGCAGACGGAAAUUGUGGAUUUAGAGCGGUGGCUCUAGCAAUUUACGGAACAGAAGAUGAUUGGGUUAAAGUUAGACAAGACUUAGUAGCAGAUCUACAGAAUAGAAGCGCCUUGUACGCUCGAAUCUUAGGUGGGAGGAGUGCGAGGAGUUCUAAUGUGACUAAUCUCAUCCAAUCGAUUGCUCACUACCAUGGACCAGCGGAUGAUGAUUACUGGAUGGCGGUACCGGAUUGCGGUCACGUAAUUGCAACAACAUAUAAUGUUGUUUUCAUGACAUUCAGUGAACAUGGAGGAAAUACUUGUCUGCCAGCGAUAUUAGAUGAAACACAAGGACCUCCAACCCGAAAGGUGGUGUGCGGACAUCUUAGCAAUGAUCAUUGGAUUUUGUUGCAUAUGAAACCAGGGGAUCAUCCGGUACCACCCAUAGCAUUUUACUGGAACGACCAUCACGACAAAUCUGCAGAUGGUUUAGAUGCACAAUUUGCAUUCUCGAUCGGUCACUUUAACCGUCUCCACAAUGAAGAUGGAGAACGUCGAGCAGCAACAAGAAGAAGAAAGAACAAUUAAUUAGGAUCGAAAAAACAAUUGAUGUAUUUCGUUGAGUAGAUUAAUACUUUGAUUUUCUAAUAAAUUUUAUUAUUAUCCUUCA